CCAGGACUAACUGCUGCUUCUCUUCUCAGCGGGAACCCCAGCGUGGAGACCUGAGAAAAAUGGGGCCAGAUCUGAGAUGCUUUCCUCUCCUCCUAUUGCUGCUGGGACUGUGGUGGUCAGUGCGUCCACUUUGUGCCAUACCCAAGAAUCUCACCAGGGCUCAAUGGUUUACAAUUCAGCAUAUUCAGCCAAGCCCUCUCCAAUGCAACAAGGCAAUGAACGGUGUCAACAAUUAUACUUGGCACUGUAAGCCUCAAAACACCUUUCUGCACGACUCCUUCCAGGAUGUGGCCACUGCCUGUAAUUUACCCAACAUCACCUGUAAGAACGGCCAGAACAACUGCCACCAGAGUGCAAAGCCUGUUAGCCUGACUCAGUGCAGUUUCACCGGGGGGAACUAUCCAAACUGCCGCUACAAAGAUGCCGCCCAAUACAAGUUCUUUAUUGUUGCCUGUGAUCCCCCGCAGAAGGGCGACCCUCCUUAUCCGUUUGUUCCCGUACACUUAGAUAAGAUCAUUUAAAGUUUCCAUCACUUUCCCUCUCACUCAGCUCGCGUUCUCUUAUGAUCUCUUCUGAUUUUUCUUUUGUUGAUUUUCCUGGUUCCCAUGGAAGAAAAAAAAGGAGGGUGUUGGAAAAAUCAGAGCGAUGAGGAGGUUGGACUGGAG